AUGGGUGUUGUGAAACUUAUAAUUGAACAGAAUAAUAUAAAGCGUUUAAACCAGUAUAAUAGUGUGCUUGAUUUUUUAUUGUCAUUAUACAAGCUUACUAGUUUUAAGUAUAGCUUACCAAAUUUCCAAAUAAAUAAUGAUACCCUAAAAAAAAAUGCUGAUAAUAUUUUUGUAAACCGAACUAAUGAAUAUUUAAAAAAGUUAUUCGAAUCAAUUUCUACGCUAUAUUGGAAAGGAAGAAAAUGGAAAGGUACAUAUUGGCCAAGUAAAUGGAAGUGGUAUCAUCGGCACGGGUACUGGGCAACGCGGAAAAAACUUCUCUCUUUUGACAAAUAUAGGCCAUACCGAUAUCAUGAGGUUAAGGGGUACGGAAAGCCAAAACUAAAAGAUUGGCAAGAUUUUUCGUAUUAUAGACCUUUAAAACAAACAACAAAGUUUUGGUGA